AUGGGAAUCCUACAGUACAUUGAAUACUACCUGUCCAGGCUGUUCUACAGCAUCCGAGCUCAUGAUGCGAAACUCUUCAUCAAGUCGGCUGCCUUCGCCCGUCUCCCGGAGCCGAACAUGACAAUCGAAUGCUCGCAGAGCGGCCCGUCAGGAUCGCACAUGGCCGUCGACCUUACCCAGGACGGCAAGGAGGAAUUCCCACACUUGACCUGGACGAAGCCAGCUCACCUUGACGUCAAAGAGUACAUGCUCGUUUGUGAGGAUGCAGACGCGCCCAUCCCCUUCCCGAUUGCCCACUGUCUCUUCUACGCCAUCCCGGCAGAGACGACCCAGGUCACGAAUGGGGACAUCCAGCUCUUGGAUGCGAAUGCCUUGCAAGGCGGGUUUCGUUGGAUACCCAACAUUCGGGGGAAACACUACAUAGGCCCAAGGCCGCUUGUUGGCCAUGGUCCGCAUCGGUACUUCUACGAGCUUGUUGCGUUGAGCGAGCCUCUCGAUCUUCAGGCUCUGGGCUCCAAGGUUGGCAAGUCGAAGAUUGCAGAAGCCAUCAAGGGCAAGGUCGUCGGCUGGGGCUCUUGGGUCGGUGUUUAUGAGCGGACGUGGCAGCCCUGA